GCUUUUCAAGACAUCGAGGCGACACAGGGAGAAAAAACAGCUGGAUCCGCGGAUCAGUCCGGCUAGGUUCGGCUAGCUGUAUCCUCUCCUCGAGCCAGCCGCUUCUCCUCGGCUGCCGGACUUCGAUAAGCUGGUUGUGAGGCUGAUGAUGUGGUGUGAAGAUGGAGGCUCCUGAAUACCUGGACCUGGAUGAGAUUGACUUCUCUGAUGAUUCAGUGUAUUCUGUGACGUCUCUGAAGAGCAUCCCGGAGUUGUCCAGGAGGAGUGAUGGCCAGGCCGAGGAGAGACCAGCUCCAGCCAUCAACUGGAGUCGUGGGGUUUCCUCUCACAGCGGUGGGGGCAUCAAACCCACGGGGCUUGCUGAGGUCCACAGUAAGUUCCGACCGGUGAAGAGGGUCUCCCCUCUCAAACACCAACCAGAGACCAACGACUCUGACUCUGAUGGUAAAGCCCAGUGCCAGGGCCAGGGGCUGGGGCUGGGGGAGCCGGGGGAGGGCAGUAAGGACGACCCCAGCUCUGAUAAAGCGACUCAUGCCUCCACCUCCUCCGAUGGCCCGGGAGGGAAGGCAAAGGGCCUGGGCGGCAGCGUUGGUGUCGUUGGAGGGAACAACCCCCAGGCUCUGUUUGGGGAGCUGGAGCACUAUGAUCUGGACAUGGACGAGAUACUGGACGUGCCUUAUAUCAAGUCCAGUCAGCAGAUGUCCACACUGCCUCGUGUCCCCCACGACAAGCGCUCGGUGACAGGGAGCAACCUGGGCGGAGGCACCCUGGAGAGGACUCGAGGAGGAGGGCUGAAGAGCUCCGCUUUACCCCACAACGAGCCUCUGAGCCUGGGAAGCAGCAGCUCACAGACUCCGAACGGUCAUCUGGAGUGUGUGAGGUGGAUGGUGAGUGAGACAGAGGCCAUCGCAGAGCUGAGCUGCACCAGAGAGCAUCCCAGUCUGAUCCAUUACGCUGCACGCUAUGGACAGGAGAAGGUCUUGUUGUGGUUGCUUCAGUUCAUGCAGGAACAGGCAAUCUCUCUGGACGAAGUCGAUCAGAACGGAAACACUGCUGUCCACGUAGCAGCUCAGUACGGACACCUCACCUGUAUACAGACUCUGGUGGAGUACGGCUCUAACGUGACAGUCCAGAACCAGCAGGGGGAGCGGCCUUCCCAGAGUGCCGAGCGGCAGGGACACACCACCUGCGCUCGAUACCUGGUGGUCGUGGAAACCUGCAUGUCGUUGGCCUCACAGGUCGUAAAACUCACUAAACAGCUCAAUGAACAGGCAGCAGACAGGAUAACUCUACAGAAACAACUGCAGAGACUGAUGGAGCCCAACAAGGCAGAGGGCACACCUUCCAGAUCACCUAGCUCCCAUCAGCCCUCAGUCGAGGCUUGGCCAGAGAUGAUGUUGACAGCGGAGGGGACUCCAGGUGAUGGUCAGUGGUUGGUUCGUCAGGGAGGUGUUGGUCCAGACUCGGUGCUGCGACAGCUGCUGGGGAAGGACAUGUCGGACACGCUGGUCCCCAGGGAAAGGCUGCCUCCAGCAGGUGGCCUGGGCAGAGAGGGCCCUUGUGGCCCCGGGGCUCCUGGGGCACGCAGACCGGGGCUAGUGGAGAGGAGAGAGCUCAAACUAGCGAGACUCAAACAGAUCAUGCAGCGCUCUCUGAGUGAAUCAGAUUCGGAUGGUUAUCCACCAGAGGAAGGUAAAAAUCAAGGAGCCUCGGCCUCAAACACACUGCGACCUGAUAGGCCAUCCCACCUGCCAAUCACAGAGGAGGAGCCAGUGUCAAACCACCUCAACCUGAUGAUGAGGAAGCACCUCCCCUCCUCCUCCUCUUCCACAGCUGAGAAGAAGCUGGCGUUUUCUCUCAGUGGGUCAAAGUCGGUAGACAGCGUCGGUUACAACCCCUCCCCCACCUCCAGCGACCCUGAGGCUGCAGAUGGUAAAACACCAGAGACUCCCGGCGACUUCCAUGAUGGCGCCAAUGGCCAGAAAGUUGCCACUAGCCCCAAGAGCGCCCUGAAGUCGCCUUCGUCUCGCAGGAAGACGUCUCAAAACCUCAAACUGAGGGUUACCUUUGAUGAGCAGGUCCACAAGAGCUCCAAUCAGGAGGCAGAGCAGACCAAAGGGCAUCAUGGGAAGGAGAGGACUCCAACAGGAAGCUCUGAAAGCAAGCGGCCGUUCGGGGCAUUCCGCUCCAUCAUGGAGACACUGAGCGGAAACACAAACCACAACAACAACAACAGUGGUGGUCAGUCAGGCCCCGCUGCUAAACUGUCCACCUGUCAGAACUCACCUGGCAGGAAGUCAGAGAGUAAAGGCAGCCCAGGAGGAGGAGCCAGGGGCAAAAGCAAAACCAGUAACGUUUAACCAACUAGUGCCUACUGUAGGGCAGAGAGCACAUAACGAACAGACCACUACAAAGAGCAAACGGCAAGGGGCAGCGAAGAUGAGAAAUUUAUUGUGACUUACCAGGUUGACACAUUUUGUGUCAAAGGUUGUACUCCUCAUUUCUGAUAACUGCACAUGCAUACACGUCAUGUGAAAUACAGCUGGAAUCAGCGAAACUUACUCUUUAGUGGUAGCAGUGUUAGCUGUGAUGUCCACAGAGGAUAAACAUCCAUAAAUACACUUAGAAAUCAUAUACAAAUACCUAAAAUGUAAGCAAAUAUAGGCUAAAAACAGUGUUCAUGUGUAUCCCACAGCAAAGUCACUGGCAUGGCAACAUUAUACUUCCCGUUUACUUCACCCAAAGUAUCAUGGGAACUUUAGUGCCAAAACGUAUUAGUCCCAAAUGGAAAAAAAAGAAUGAACCAUCCAUUACAUUAUCCAUCCAUUAUCCAGAUUUUUGUUGUUUUACACUUUCAUUACAUAGUUUGACUGAACUGAGGCUCAGAAUGUUUUAUAUCCCAGGAACAAUGAUCCUCUCCGAACAUGAAAGCAAAAAACUCAAAUCAUUUCAAAUUAUCUAAGAGUUUUUUCAUAAAUACUCUCCUACGGCAAACCAAACCAACCUUGCCAUGGGUUUGAAGGAUUUUCAAAUCACAAACUUUAACAAUUCAGUUAGAUGUUUAAUAUGAAAUUAUAACUUUAUGUGACCAAAUCAAGAGUGUGAUUUGGUCAUUUGAAGAAGAUAAGACUAAAGUUAGCCACAGCCACAGUUUAUUUGGUUCAACCCACAGUGGUGGAAAAGCUGACUUUGCUUAAUUUAUGUAUUUGGUUUGGAAACAGUCACAUCAGCUGUUUACAAGCGGACCAGGUCUUGUAAACAAACAGUUUGUUUUUUGGGCAGAGUGUUUAUGACCUGUCACCCUGCCAGUUUGUCCCCUUUAGUACAGGAGACUUAAUUUGUUUGUUCAGUGAGUAAAAUAGCAAAAGUGGCUUUCAGACUGCACUCAGAGACAAUAUAAAGUAAGAAACGUUUAUCUGACUUUCUGUCCUCCUUUACCCAUAAUCCCUAGUUCACAUUACUACCACAAACAUACUUGGCUAUAUACUAAAAGAAGGUCCCAGUCAAAGUCUAUUGUAUUAAAACAUAAUCUUUACUCAGGGUCCUCUUACUGGCUGUUUGUGGAUGUAUGUCAGCUUCACAACAAACUACUAAAUUGACUGUUUGUAGAUUCUUUUGUCAAACUACUUUUUCCAAGGUCAAGUAUGAACUUUCACACUUGAGAAAUAUAUCAUUGUUAAUCCAGUGAGCAGUUUAAUUUCAAUAAUAACCAACAGUAUAUUAUCACACUUCUGUUCUUCUGUAGGUUUUAUACCAGCAAACUUAAAGUUUCUCAUGUUCUUUGCCUCAAGCAUUUGACUUUUGAUGGUUUUUAUACAGUUUAAGGACUGAAAGACAAAAGCAGAAACUGUCUCUGCUCUGUUACUGUCUGUUAAAAUGUAUUUGGUGCCGUCAUUCAGCGACAGGAAUCACUACAAAAUGAAUGAGAAGAACCUGUGUGCUUAAUGAAACUGAAGCAAUUGUUUUUAUUGACAGACUGAAGGAAGUCUGUGUAUUAAUCGCCGUCCUUUAGAGACCUCACAUCUCCAUAAUACAACUUGUAAUACAUUUUUAGUUUUGUCACAUUUAGUUUGAUUUUGUAUCGGAUUACAGAACAUUCCCAGAGUUUAUUUGUCUACUAAAACAAGACAAAAGUGUCAAAACUUAAAUUUUCUAAAUGGAGAUGAAAGGUUUCUGUUCCUCUGGCACUCUGUUACUGUACUCUGAACUACACUAAAGAUGAAUAUUAGUAUUUAUGUUUAUGCACACGGUUAUAUGAUUUGAAAUUUUUAAACUGUGGUUAUAAUCACGCACGUGGUUAACGUGCACCAGCACAACAAAUAGUUUUAAAACCACUGUAUAUAUAGUAGUAUUUAAUUUUUUUUCCAUCAUACUCCACACAUUUUUUUUAUUUCCAUGGUUAUUAUCUAUGCAGUAUUUUUGGCAUGAAGUAGAGUUUAGUUGUGUGAUGUGUUUGAGACGGGGAGGUUUAAGGACGCACCUUCUGACAAAGGCUGGCAAACAGGCCAAUCAUAUGAACUUUUUAGACAAAGUAAAAGAAGUUGAAACUUGUCAUUCCAGAGAUUUACAGCUUUCAGGAGAUUGUGAACAUUGACAAACUGUCUCAAAGCUUGAAACUAGAAGACUCAGGCUGUUAUCUGAUGCGCUUAUCCAGUGUUUAAAUUUCAAUGUAGCAAUAUGUGGUAGUUGGAAUGGGUAUAUCCAUUGAAAUAUAGCAAAAACAACAACAAAAAUAUAUAUAGCAGAACAUUUUAUUUUAUCUGUUGGCUUAAAGCUAAUUUUAUGCAUUUAAGUCAAGUUCAAUUUGACAGAAUCAUAGAUGUCUACUAAGGAGGGGAGAGGCACUUUGUUAGGCUGUUUCAACUUCUUAUUCAAAAAAUAUGAAUUUCAAAUGCACAAGCAAGUGAGAGUGGUGGGAGUUUGAAUUUAUUUGAUCAGCCGAUUAGUCCUUGCUCCCCUGUCAUUAAAAAACAGCUGUCAUUUGUAUUUUUCUGGACCUUUUGAUGGCGACACUAAAACCUCACUAGCAGCCCCAAGAGGCUGCAGUGUUCAUUACACUUUUUUACACACCAUUUGCCAGGAUUGGACAGAUGGACAAACAGUUAUAAUGUAGCUUUUGGUUUCUUUUACAGUAUUGGGGAUAAAAAAAAGUAAUGUUUAUUAAUGAGGGUGGUGCUGUAGGAAAGGUCAUCAAAAUCACUACUACUACAGGAAUAUCGUCACCUAAUUUCAUGGAAAUCUGUCCAGGCGUUCUCAGUAUAUCUCUUUGGUCCAAAGGUGGAACGACUGUCAUGCUUCAAGGAAAACUCUCAGUCUUUUGGGAAAUGUGCUGUCUUAAACAGAUACAAUUCAUAUUCAUUCAUUCAUUUAUUCAUUCAUACCAUCUGUUUCAUGUCUAUGGACAGUUCGAAGACUGAAGGCAAAAUUACAAAAUGCCCCUUUAAGCCUCACCACUAACGAAGCAAAAAUCCAAAAACACUUCUAACAGAAACACAGAUUACAGCCUCGACUCUCUAAUUUGUAGCUUUGGGAGAAACUGGAUCACAUCUGUCAUGUUCUUGAUGCAUGUUUACAUUAUUACAAAUACUGUGCAGCAGCAUAUUUCUAAUCCAAACUGAUCAUUGUUGGACAUCAGUGUGUAGAGUUUUCUUUUCUCAUUCCUGUAUGUUGAUCAGUGUGAUUCUGCUGUGCAGUUCACUCAUCCCGUUUACAAAGACCUUUUCUAGAGUGUACCAUUUUUAGAUUUACACACUCUUUGGCUAUUUUUUUUUUUUUUGAGGCAGUGGAGUCUGUGAGGUUUUUCCUGCAUCCAGUCUGCUGAUUAUGACUUAAAAGACUUUAAAAGAACAAUUCAACAUUUGAGUGUAUGCCCUAGAGUCAGAUGAGCAUGUAUUUUGCAGUUUAAUCUCUUUGCAUCCAGUAUACUUGCACCCACAGAUGUUGUUGAUAAGGUCUGGCUCACAGUCGGUGUUCCAGUUCAUGUCAAAGGUGCUGGCUGGGGUUGAGGAAAACCAUUUCUUUUUGGAGCAGCUUUAUACGCUGGGGCUGUCAUGUUGAAACAGAGACAAAGUUGAACAGUUUUCUAAAAUAUCAUUGCGUGCUGCAGCGUUAAGAAUUCCCUUCAUUGGGACUGAAGCUGGGCAUACAUGGCCUGGACUUUUGGAAUCAGCCUUUUUUGUCAUUUAGUAUGUGGGUCACCAUGUCUGAUUAAUUGACUGAAUGAUUAACUAACUGGCUGGUGGACGAUCACAUGGAUUUCUGGAUGAAAUAUUGGUUGGCUGUUUGUAGUUUAAGCAAUAUUCCCCCCAUGUGUGCUGUCAAAAGAAAAGAUAUGUUAUGAACUGUAAUGAGCUUAUUUUGAUAAUAUUCAGUCCCUCCAGGAAGUUGCGAUCAAUUAACGCAAAUUCAAGAAAUCACUGAAUUCUUUGCCACCUUGCAAUUUUGUCCGAUCAGUGCAACUUUACCGCUAGUUUGACCAGUCAUUGUUGUUUCCAGCUACUUUCACCAAUCAUAUCAGUCCCCAGCACAAAACGUUGAGCCAUACGUGACCAAACUAUUAUAGAUUUUGUUCUCACUGGAACAAGUUGCCAUCGAUUUUUGAUAAAUUAUACAAAAGAAAUGCAACUAUUUUACCGAGGUGUACCAAAUACGUUUGGCCAUAUAGUAUAUCUCUGAACUGGGUGCACAGAGAUGAAACUGAUAGUAGUAGUGUAUUUCCCAAAACUUGAAUGUUUUACCAGCAGUUGACUGGUGUUCCCUGGUUGAACUGUUCUUUUAACUUCUGAUACUUUUUAAAUUGAGUGGGAAGAAAACAUGAGGCCAUUGUUGUUUCGUCUUUCAUUUUAGCUUUGGCCUCGAUGUAACAGACAAGGCUAAAUUUGACAACCCUGUCAUUUUUUUCAUACCUUCCUUGGAAGUUUCUUGGAAAAUAAUUAUGACAUUUGUUCCUGAUUAUAGGGGAAAUAUAGACCGUGCUCAGUUGGUAGCCUUCCAGUUAAUUCCAAUGAAUUGUUGGUGUAACCUGAUUUCAGCGCACGGCAGGUCAGCUGAACAUACAGAAAUGUCAAAUUUGUCAUCAAGCAAGCAAAUAAUUUAACAUGUAUACAAUAAUACAUUAAUAUGAAUAAAUAUUUGCUUGGUUUUAAAUAGAGCUUUUAUUUUAAGGAAAUGUCUCUGGAAAUCCUCAACUAAACUCAACAUAACUAACCAUGAUAUUGUGGCUGGGGUUCCCAGGAAAAUGUCAGGAAAGUCCCCACUGCCUCAAAAUAUGCUGACAAUACAAUCAGUGUUCUGUCUGUGGGUUGAUUGUGUCGAUGAGAUUGUUUUUGAAAUGCAGUUUAUUCUAUUUGUAGUGUUUUCGUCAAAACCGCUCCUUCAAGAAGAGGGAAAGGAAGUUGGCGUCAUUAAUGUGGCAUCGUUCUACAGAGGAGACAAACUGAACUCUACCUGUUUGACCCGUGUGUUGUUGUAACUCUUCAGAUGGACAGUGUUACUGCAUCGACUCGGAUGUUUACUCUCAAUGCUAAAAAACGUAAUAAAAAGAGGCGCAAUAACAGUGAAUGUUGGAGAAGUCUGAUCUGAAUUUGUUUUUUUUUUUUACAAACCAGCUUGUACAGGGACAGACAGCGCUCUUCUGUCCUUCUGUUAUUGAAGCUGUUGUGAAGACAAACUGAAAUAAACUGUUACCUUGAGUGAA